AUGGCACAGAAAAUAAAUAAAUCGUCAGAACAACUACCAGUGGCAAUUAUUGGCAUUCAAGAUCAAUACACUCGAUCAAUAAUUAUUAAUUCACUUAAAACCAUCGUUCCAAUAUUCCAGCAUUAUACCCUUUCAUCAGCGCCAAGUCUUCAUGAUGCUCCAAUUCUUUUCUGGUCAGAAUAUGAAGACAUCGACUUCUCUCAAAUUCUCACACAUACUAAGAAUCAUUUAGCAAAUUCUUAUUGUAUCAGAAAGGUAACUAAUCUUGCAAAAUGUUAUGUUUUAAUUAAUCUCUCAUUAUUCGUUAUACGUUCAAAGGGCCUUAUAAGAAAAGCUCAAAUGAAUUUUAAUAUUCAAAAACAUGUUGCAAAAUAUCCAAAUUCUUGCUUAAAAAAAUCAAUUCCAGAAACCUGGUUUUUUGAAAUUGAUCAUGUAGACUACAUCGACGAAGCUCUGGAUGAGAUUUUUGAAGUUGUCCAAGAAUGCAAAGAAAAUGAAUCACGAGAAAGAAAACAUCAAUUCAUCUUAAAACCGAAUCUGGGUAAUAAAGGUGCUGAUAUAAAAAUUUUCGAUAGUAUAGAUCAAUUAAAAGCAGUUUUUGAAGUAACCUUUGAGGAAAACGAUGAUAUCGACGCGAAUGUAUUACAAAAUGAUGAAAUUGAUGAAAGUAUGUUUCAUUUGCGUGAAUGGGUCAUACAAAGGUACAUCUCCGACCCACUUUUAAUAAAUGGUCGAAAGUUUCAUAUUCGUGCAUAUGUUCUUGCGGUAUCAAGAAUCAAGGUUUAUCUUUACAAGGAUAUGUUGGCACUUUUUGCACUUAAUAAUUAUAGACCUGAUGACAUUAACGAUACAUUUGCACAUUUAACAAAUACAUGCCUACAAAUACAUGAUGAAUUAUUUAAAGAAUCCGACCAAGUUAAAUUAUUUUGGGAAUUGAUGCAACAUAGUUCAGAGGUAGACGAGAAAGAUUUGAAUUUGAUAUUCGAACAGAUCAAGAAUAUUCUUGGAGAGUGUUUUAAAGCUGUUGUGAGCGAACCAACGCAAUUCAUGCCAUUGGAGAAUGCAUUUGAACUAUUCGGAUUUGACUUCUUAGUUGACACAAGCAAGAACGUUUAUUUGCUGGAAGCCAAUUCUUUUCCUGAUUUUAAGCAAACGGGCACUAGACUUUCACAUGUAAUUUCUCACUUAUUCGAAAAUACAAUAAAGUUGGCGGUUAUUCCAUUUUUCGAGAAACUACAGGAUUUAUCUAUUAACCAAAAUCAAACAUCGGAUGAAACAGAUUCAAA